UGGCCCCCAGCCCUGCCUGCCCCUGGGGCCAUGGGCGGGGCAGGAGUGGGCCAGGGGACCCAGGCGUCCUGCUCCCCUCGGGGCCUACUGCUGCCGCUGCUGGUCUCCCUUCUGGCCCGGCCCUCGGGACAGGCCGACGGAAAGGUCUUCAUGCUGGAGUCCAGGAAUGGUUCGUGGGGACUGGACCUUCCCGCUGCCCGGGACUUGUGCGGCAGUCUCGGGGCUCGCCUGGCCACCACGGAGGAGCUGAGGAGGGCCGUACUCCACUGCGCCUUCUCCGUGUGUUCCGGAGGCUGGCUGGCAGAUGGCACCAUUGGGAGCACGAUAUGCAGGCCGGAGGGUAGCGAGAAGCAGAGCCCGGCCCAUGGAAGUGUGCAGAUCGAGAGGAAUCCCCUUCCAAGCAGCAGAUACAAUGCGCUUUGCAUCCAGGAGGAAGAAAAGCCCUGUGGAGACCCUCCGUCCUUCCCUCACACCAUCCUGCACGGACACACUGGGUUCGAGAUGGGGGAUGAGCUCCUCUACGUCUGCGCCCAGGGUUACGGCAUGGGCCGCAAAGAGUCUGCGUUCACCUUGCUCUGCGACGGCUGCGGAAAGUGGUAUGGGCAGGUGCAGGCCUGUGUUAAAGAUAAGACAGAGGCCCACAUAGACUACGAGGAGAAUUUCCCCGAAGAGCGAUCCGAGCCGCUCGCCGGGCACAAGGAGGAUGCCGGUUGGAAGGAGGAGGAAGAGGAGGAAGAGGGUGGUGAUGGUGGGGAGAAAGAAGAACAGAGCCAGGGACUCUUCAUUUCUGAUCCUUCAGGGAGGGAGGACUGGGUAGGGGGAGGAGACACUCAAUCCCAGGGCUCUGCCCAAGUCCCAGCGGAGUUUCCUGAGCUCCUCCUCAGCCAGAAGGGCUCGUUUUGGUACGUCAAUGGGGCCUUCCAGGAACCUAUGGAGGAGGCCUCAUUAGACACCCACACCAACAGCUGGUUUUCAGAAGCCCCUGACCAUUUCAGCCCAAAAGGGGACCUCCUGGAGCCAAGCACCCAAAUAUCCCCUGUCUCAUCUCCCCUGCCGACUCACAAUCGCAAAGGGGAUGAGGCCUGGUUAGACGGCUUCCCCGUGACCCCGGUGGCCCCGGGGGAGGGGGAAGACAGGGGUGACGAAGCGGGUGGGUCCGUGGGGACGGGAGAAGGUUAUCUGGGUUGGACCGAUCGACCCGACCACGUGGAAGUCAGGAAACCCACCGGCACCGGUCUCCAUCCAGACGACGACAUCAGCCAGAGAUCGCUCCCCCUCACCAGGGCAUAUGGAGCGGGUUCCCUGACCCUCACCGGCACCCCCGAGAACGUGAGCCCUGGGGCUGGGGUGGGGGACAGAGGUGGUUUCUGGACCCCCCCAUCCAGGGACUUUGGAGUAGAGGAGUCUUCCGUGGCGACGGAGAUUCCCGACCAGGCCUCCUUCACGCCGGGCACAGCAACGACCGCAGGGUAUUGGCCCAACCAUUUCCCAUCUCCCAGCCAGGUUAAAGAAACCUCCUCCACGCCCCCGGUGAAGACCACCUGGCCCGGUGGUCAGAAUGUCUUUCCCGACCCCUCAUCCUCCAAGGAAUCCAGGGGGCGAGGACCCCCGAUGACCCCAGGUAGGGGUGAGAUGGUUCUCCCUACCGCAGGGGCCUGUGGGGAAGUGUCCUGCACCGACUCGGGCAAAGGGCCGGCUAUCGCCCUCCUCGUCAUCGUCCUGAGCCUGUUGCUGCUGAUGGCCGCCGUCGCCGCCGGUUGGUGCUACCGGAAACGCCGACAGACGACCUCAGUAUACAGGCUGAAAGGCCAGGGUCAGGCCCGGCCCUAUCACCAGCAGAUCGAAAUGCAGAAAGUCUAGAUGCUGGCCUAGUGAGUUCUCCCGGGGUGGGGGCGGGGGGCUGCUUGAGAGGGAGUAAAAAGAAAAGUAAACCAAAUGGAAUAUCACAUUUCUGGUCAAUGCUGGAAACGGAGCAGGGGAGGAGGGAAAGGGGACGGACGGCGCGGGGGCCAUAGAGGGGACUCCUCCCCAAGGCCAGUUCUGCAGGAUUCAUUUAUAGGCCUACAACGUUUCCAGCUGAAGGCCUUCAGGAGAACUCAGAAAUGCAGUGGGGACAGUAGCAGAGACCUACUUCUUGUCCACGCGCUGGGCUCAUACUAUCCCAAGACGGAGGCCUGCCUCGCGGGGCCUAAUGCGAACCAAGAAAAACCGGGAGGAAAAUCUCCCCUUCGGACUAUGGCCUAAGGAUUCGUUCUCUUCUUCUACACUUUUCAAAAAAGAGAGAGAAAACGUGAGUUGGUGACAUUAGCGAGCCUGUGGUAUCUUGGUACUGAUUCCACCGUAGCAUCUCUGUGUGUUAAGACUGCGAUGGGGAGAGCGAUGGAAUGGAAAUCAUGGAAGGGAUCAAUCAGUGGUAUUUAUUGAAUGCUUACCAUGCAGAAAACACUGUACUGAGCACUUGGGAGAGCACAGCUGAGUUGAGAGAGAUGAUCCCUGCCCUCUAGGAAAUUACCGUCUCACAACGGCAAAGCUGGAGAGUGAGUGGGGCUGAUGUUUUUUGAGGGAGGAGAACGGUGUCACCCAUGGCCCCGAAACAACCGGACGGCUCCAUUCCUUCUUUAAAUAAGCUCAGCACUAACUCUGCUCAUCAAGAUUGUCCACGACAAAUGCCAUCACACCGUUCCUCCAGCCCCCCUGGUGCCUCUGUUGGAGAUGGGACAUGGGGGUUUGGUCGGGAGUAGUGAUGACCUCAAGGGUGGGAAUCUUAACUUCCUGGAGUAUAUAGCCAAAUUGCUCUCCUCUGUUCAGUGUCUGGUGUUGGGGUUGAACUGUGGAAAAGAGAGAUUAGGUCUUGGAUGACAAAGGCUCCCCUUGGAGUCAGGAGGAGAGGGAGAGAGAAAAGGGAAGGGGGCUAGGAAAAAAAGUGGGGGGAGGGAAAGGAUAAAAUACCAAGUGAUGUGAUGCGCUUGAGUGGAUAUCAAACAUUAGGACUGCAGUGGAAAACUAUUUUGUUAUGGCAUUGUAGUGGUAAACUAUUUCAAAACAGCAUUAUAGUCUAAAAUACUGAAUCCAGAGCCACUGGUUUAGUGAAGAAGGUUAACUCUUAAAACUGAAACGUGUACUGUUUGUCAUCCUUGUGGAAAUAUACUAGGAAAUAAAUACCACAAAUCAGCA